AUGAAGAAGGAAGAGGAAGGGGAAGAAGAAGGAAGAAGAAAGAAAAGGGAAGAAGAGGAAAGAAGAAGAAGGAAGAGGAGGAGAAAGAAGAAGGGGAAGAAGAAGAAGAAGGGGAAGAAGGGGAAGAAGGGGAAGAAGAGGAAGAAGGGGAAGAAGGGGAAGAAGAGGAAGAAGAGGAAGAAGAGGAAGAAGGGGAAGAAGAGGAAGAAAAGGAAGAGGAAGGGGAAGAAGAAGGAAGAAGAAAGAAAAGGGAAGAAGAGGAAAGAAGAAGAAGGAAGAGGAGGAGGAAGAAGAAGAAGGGGAAGAAGAAGGAAGAAGGGGAAGAAGAGGAAGAAGGGGAAGAAGAGGAAGAAGGGGAAGAAGAGGAAGAAGAGGAAGAAGGGGAAGAAGAGGAAGAAGAGGAAGAAGAGGAAGAAGGGGAAGAAGAGGAAGAAGGGGAAGAAGAGGAAGAAGUGA